GCCGGAACUGCUUAAAACACGAGAAGACACUGCAGCUCCGCACAGCUACACAACGAACCAGAAUUCUUCAGUCCUUGUGACUGGAGGUCAUCUGGUGUGGAGAAGACAGCUGACUGUCAGCUAUGGAGCGCUUUAUGGGAGGAGGAAUGCUUCCACUGGUGUUAACAAGCGUUGGGGUUUUGCUGCUCUACCGGAUACUUGUCCACUUCAGAAAAGGAGCUCAUGUGCAAGGAGCUGUUGUGGUCAUCACAGGGGCCAGCUCUGGACUCGGGAAAGAGUGUGCACGAGUCUUCCACGCUGCAGGUGCUCGGCUGGUGUUGUGUGGACGAGAUGCAUCCCGUCUGCAGCAGGUGGUGCAGGAGCUUACAGCGAGCUCAACAGACACACAGCAGCAGACUUACACUCCCAGCACCGUUAUCUUCGACCUGGCUGACGCUGACACGGUGGACAGAGCUGCAGAGGAGAUCCUGAAAUGUUACGGACAAGUGGACGUCCUGAUUAAUAACGCUGGAAUCAGCUACCGUGGCAACAUACUGGAAACCCACAUAUCAGUUCAACGGGAUGUUAUGGAAACUAAUUACUUUGGGACCGUUGCUCUGACUCAAGCUCUCCUUCCCUCCAUGGUUCGCCGGCGAAGUGGCCACAUCGUCGUCAUUAGCAGUGUCCAGGGCAAGAUAGCCAUUCCUUACAGAUCAGCUUAUGCAGCAUCGAAACACGCCACCCAGGCCUACUUCGACUGCUUACGGGCAGAGAUCGAGCGCUAUCAGAUCCCAGUGACGGUGAUCAGCCCCGGGUACAUCCGAACCAACCUGUCGGUCAACGCUGUCACCGGAGAUGGCUCCAAGUAUGGAGUUGUGGAUAAAACCACAGCUUCGGGUCGGGACCCCAGAGACGUGGCUCAGUUAGUCCUGAAGGCUGUCCGUCAGAGGAGCAAAGAUGUUAUUGUGGCCGGACUUGUGCCCAACGUAGCCGUCUACCUCCGAACACUGUGGCCUGCACUCUUCUUCAAAAUCAUGUCCUCUCGAGCUCGCAAGGAGCAGAAACCUAAAGACGAGUGAUGCAGCAGCAGGUGAGGAGCAGGAUGUUAGUUUCACGUGGACCAAAGACAGGAGAGACGACACUACACGGAGCUCUUCAGUAACAAUUCACCACGAUGAGGGCCUGUGGUUAGUGGUUUGUUGUUGUGAGCAAGGAUGAGUCGGUGAGCCGUUUCUGGAGAUUAACUAGAAACUAUCGAAGAUGUGAUGUUUUUUGACUUUGAAGAACAUUGGUUUGGAUUUAAUUUCUGAAGUGCAUGUUAAAAUUACUGAGAGAGGGCACAGCAUCAGAUGGGAUUUAAUCUGUUUACAUACACACUGUACUGCAGGCCUUGCAACUGCUAAAGUCAAAUAUAUAAGAACUUGAUGAACCAAAAUGCAGAACUUGAUAUUAGCUGUUGCAGUGACUCUGCUGUAAAACAUACACUGUGUUGUAAGAGUUACAUUUCAUCAACGAUCUUUCUUAUGGAACAGCACCUGACAUGUUUCUGGGUCACUUCUUCCCAGUAGUUCUCAGAACACAACUGAAAAUGAUUCUCAGGUAAUUUUAACGUAUACGGAAAACACCGCUCAUCUCUGUGCAGAAUCAAGCAUUUCAGUUUCCUGUUUAAGCAAUUUUUAAACCAUUUUUCCCCCACUUUAUUUCAGUCCAGAUGAGCAACAUUACAACUCUCCUCUGAUAUUUGCAUCCUGUAUAUUCCUGUUGACUUAGCUGAAAAUUUUGCGUUCCUUUGAGGGGUAUGAAUUUAUUUUCUGUAAUGGGAACAGUGAAGGAUUCAGUCUGCAUGUAAACCACUUAUCCAUCUCUGGAAAAGCAGUCAAACCUGAAACUGCUAACGACAGCCCUCAGCUGACACACAAACCUGGUAAAAGUUUGCAUUUGAACUGGCUUUACCACAGAUUACACACAAUAAAUACAAGAAACAAGCAUUUUUUUUUAUAACUAUCUUUAAACACAGAAUAAAAACACCUUUUACAAACUGAAAACUUGAAACAGGUUUUUCCUUUUUAGAUGCCACCUUAAUAUUAAGUUAAACAGAAAACACUUUUUUCUCAGAAAUGUUAACAAUAAAUAGUUCAAAUAACAAUUUACAUUAUGUUACAAAAGCGCAGUGAAUACUGGAAUUGCCAUUUGUACAAACAAAGUCCUUCAACAGGAAAAAUAAACUUGCCAGAUUCAAAGACAAAACCCACCGUUUAUUCCUUAUUAAGAAUCAUUUAGUGCGACAACAAAAAUUUUCCUGAUGUCUUUCGCAAAUGAAUAAACAUCACAAGAGCUUUUACAUCGUAAAGUCAAAGCCCCGAAGGUGCUUGAAGGAAACCAACGUUCUAAAUUUGUGGAAUGACAAGAGCUCUCCUACAAAUUGCACUCAGAUUCAGUGAAACAUGUUGAUGAGAUGUUCGCAAUACUGCAUAUUGAGGAUGCUGGUGAAUUAAAAUUUGUCUGAAUGCAAUUCAGUCUGGGCUUCACAUGGUAAGUGUGUAUUCACUGUUAAUAACAGUACAUUGAAGCAGUGAAGCUGCAUGGAAGUUGUAGGCAAAAAAUGCUUCUAAGAUUCUAUUUACCUUUAAUUUCAUCACAAAGAGGGAGCUGGUGUUAAAGGGUGUUUAGAAUUCAGUCAAGCUGAAAUUAGCCAUAGUGUUUUGUUAGUAUCCAAUACCAGUCAAAUAAUGUUUUGGGAUGUAAUAAAGGAAUCACAACAACACUUAA